AUGAAAGUAAAGAUAGUCAAAGCUAAAGUAGGAACGCAAAAUGUUGAUUGUCGCCUUGAACCAGGAUUUUUGGGAAUCUCUAUGUGCACUGAUAAACUCCUUAAGAAAAUCGGUGGCAAAAUUAGCAGAAAGUUGACUCCCGAAGAGAAAGAUAGUAAAUUCGUCAGAGAAGAAACCACAGCUCCACUUGGAUUGGCCAUAAUCCCACUUACAUUUACCUCUAACAUAAAAACUAACGCCCGUCUUAGUAAUAAAAAAUCUAUCACGAUUCCAACUGAAGCACUAGUAGAAAAAUAUAACCCUAAAAUACCUAACUAUAUUUUACUGGGUAAUAAUUGGUUUUAUGGUCGAAAGUAUGAUAACGAUGAACUUCAAACAUACAUACCUGAAAUUGUAAUCGACACAGAGGAUGCUUUUGUAAGAACAACUCUGCGUAUUAAAGAUCUCAACGGAUCAGGAGUAUCAAAAACCGAAAAGAAGCCAAGGGUUAUAAUAUCAGUUAAUAAAAGAGAUAUUCAUGAUUUUUACAAAAUACUUUCUGGGAAAUAA